AUGGCCACCGAGGCUUCGCCAACUCCUAUAUCAUCUGCUCACAGACUCGGCGGUGUGCACCAUCGAUUAUCCCGGUCCUCACUUCUAUUGCGACAACAGCAGAGCCGUACUUCACCUGCGACACAGAACGGGGCUUCUGUCAAUGGACAUGACACUAAGAACUACGAUGGUGAGAGCUCAGACGAUGAAGUGGUUCCCGAGCCCAAAUUCAGUGCCUCGGUCAAGGCGCUAUUAGAAGGAGAGGUUAUGGAUCCUUCACCACAUCAGGAGACCAGCGCGAAGCGACAUAGUAGUAUCGCCACUAGAGACUUUGCAUCUAUGCGACCGGAAAGGCACGUCCGAGUGGCCUCUCCUCAUGAUUCAUCAAAUGGCAGUCCCGCUCCCCGGGUUGUGCGACUUAGCUCUGUCAGAGUUUCAUCGUCCAAGGCUGAAAACUCCAAUUCGGAUGAGCAAAGCUACUUGAAAGAUAUGAUUACGCCAGCUCCGCGAACACGCAGUGUUCGCAUUACUGGCUCCAGGAGUGCUACACGUUCUCCACUUUCCAAUUCACCAAGCCACAAGUCUUCCGGCAAGGCAGUGUCCAGCGGCCAGAAGUCUACAGAGGCUCUGAAUGACGACGACUAUGUCCCACGCCUGGGAGCUUCUUCAGUUUUGAGAUCUCGUGCUGGCGAAGAGGCUGGCAUGCAUAGCUCUCUUCGAGUAAAGCGAGUUGGUAGACUUACCGGUUCUUUCUUGAAUGGCCCCGCUAGACGGGGUGUUUUGCGCAGGCAAAGUGAAGAAAUAGAGGAGAAGCCUGAAGCUGAUGGCCAAAGUCCGGAAAGAGACGCACCAGAGAACCUAGGUUCUCUGCAUUAUGCCAGAGAAGGGAAUGGCUCAUCCAGUCGACCCGUUAGAACAGCGUCUUCACCGAAACUAUCUUGGAUAGACUCCGAUCCACGAAUUUUGGAAAAACCCGCACCAGCCGUUCCCCGUUCUAAUGUAGAUAUGCCCUUCUCUAGGGCAGCAUCACCCAAGUCCUCUCGCUCCAGAUCCACUCCAGGGACAACCUCAGAAGGCUCUGUAAAGUCGGGAAGUGGAAGUGAGCAACCUCAAUAUCGUGUACCACCUCCGAAAUUGCCUUCCGCGCAAGAUCAAGAAAAUGACCCUCCCCCUACUUUUAAAAGAGUCAAAUCAUCGGGACUCAGUCUUCUGGACAAGCCCGAAAAAUAUUCUGUUAUAUGUGACGAUGAUAACAAGGAACGGGAACAACAACAACAACAACCCGCAACAGUAUCCCCUCGGAAACCAUUGACCUCACGAAGUAACAACACACCACGUAAAACAGCUCCGCCGCCACCAAAGAUGUCUGUUUUGGAAACAGCUACAGCAACAGGGGGCGCAGCAACAACUACAUCACAGUCCCGAAAAAAGAGAAGUCAAGUGGUAAUUAACCACAAAGGGUUUACUCGCAUGGAUUGUGUCGGACGCGGAGGCACCUCUCGCGUUUACCGUGUCAUGGCUGAGAACUACAAAAUAUUUGCUCUCAAGCGAGUGAAUUUGGAGGAUGUCGAUCGGGUUACUUUGGCAGGCUACAAGGGCGAGAUCGAUUUGCUCAAGAGAUUGGAAAAUGUCGACCGCGUUGUGCGACUUUUCGAUUGGGAAAUCAACUCCGAAAAACAUGUUCUCAGUAUACUGAUGGAGAUUGGAGAAUCGGACUUGGAAAAGAUUUUGACUUAUCGGUUGAACGCGGAUGAUGCCGUGUUUGAUCCAAGUUUCACACGCUUCUAUUGGAAAGAAAUGCUGGAAUGUGUUCAGGCAGUUCACAAGUUCAACAUUGUUCAUUCAGAUUUAAAACCGGCCAAUUUUCUCCUUGUUCAAGGACGUCUGAAGCUCAUUGAUUUUGGUAUAGCCAACGCGAUACAAGAUGAUACCGUCAAUGUGCAUCGCGAGCAACAAGUUGGAACCCCUAACUACAUGUCACCGGAGGCGCUUAUUGAUUCAAAUGCGUCAUCCGGUUUGCCGGCAAGCGUUGGGAAGAUGAUGAAACUCGGCAAGCCAAGCGAUGUGUGGAGUCUAGGCUGUAUUCUGUACAAGAUGGUUUACGGGCAGCCACCCUUUGCGCGAAUUGCCAAGUACUACGAACGGAUCAUGGCCAUUCCCAACCCCAAAGUGCCCAUUGAGUUUCCCCAGUUCGCCAUUGGCGGCGUGACAGUGCCUCCUGGCUUGGUGCGAACCUUGAAACGUUGCUUGCAGCGAGACCAAACCCUUCGCCCGUCAAUCGAUGAAUUGCUCAGUGAACGAGACCCGUUCCUAUACCCGGAAGCUCAGCUCGAAGGAACAGUUCCCGUGACGCAAGAAAUGAUUGCUCGCAUUCUGACCAAUGUUGUGAAUCACUGUCGAGUUCGCGGUGUACCUAGAGAGGAAGAAUUGGCCGCAUGGCCAGCUGGGUUCUUCACCAAAAUCAAAGCGGCAGUUGAGGAGGAACAUAGAUAA